UUCUUGGUGAGAUGAUUCUGAGUUAGAAAGUCCUUAAGAAGCCACUCUGCAAGUGGAAGAAGAAAAGAAAAGAUAUGGGGCAUGCUGUACACCAGUUCAAGGCUCUGUUUUGGAAAAAUUGGCUCUGCCGUGUGAGGCAACCGGUCCUCUCUCUCACUGAAAUACUGUGGCCAUGUGUACUUUUCUUGAUUCUAGCUGCCAUCCGCUUCCAGGAGCCCCCAAAAUACAAGGAAAACUGUUAUUUAGAAGCCCGUGAUUUACCAAGUCGGGGUCUUUAUCCUUUCAUGCAGACCCUUUUCUGUAAUGUUGGUUCAAGAUGUCGGAAUACCAGUUACACAACACAGAGACACAGCCGCUUUAGUGCAGUCCCUCAAAGUAGUCCAGAGAGAGCCAUUGCACCUGAUUUAGACUUCAUGGAAGAAAUAGAAGAACUUGCAAAGGAAUUUAUUGUUACUACAGAGAGAGCCACGGCCUUAGAAAAGCUAUGGGAAGAAAACUCAAGGGUCUCAGGGCUCCGUAACAUCACAACUUUUCUUACUAUGGAUUUGAAUGAAGCAGAGAAAAUUAUUUCUAGAGCAGAAAAUCUGUACAAGCAACCAUAUUUCUGGAACCUUCUGCAUUCACUCCCUCAUCUUGAAAUGAACAGCUUUGAUACAGAAGAUGAGUUAGCUUCCAUAACACAGUUUCUAAAGGUUAUUCAAAAUAUCUUAGCAUCACUGAAGGACUUAGCUAUGAUGCCACUGGGCCAAAGCUUCUAUGAAGUGGUGAAAAGGGCACUGAAUUUGACUGCUGCAUCAGUACAGGACAGGAGCUUAAAAGGUUUUCAAUACAAUCUUUCUUUCGGGGAUGUUUUGUCGAAUCUGCUUGCUGUGAAAGCAGAACUUGAAUCUAGGUUUGGUUUUGAUGGCCCUCGUGUUGAGAAGCUGCUAAGUUAUACAGCCCAAUUAACAGCGAUUCCCACAGGAGAGACACUGGAGCAGUUUGUGUGCUCUGCUCUGGCUUUCGUCCCAGAAGAUGAAGCAAGCAAAGACCAUAAUGGAGAGGGCUGUAAUUCUGCACAGCAUGAGGCCAAACAGUAUCUUGUUUCUGAGGUCAGCAAGUUCAAACUCUAUGCACAGAUACUUGAGCAAUGGCUCGGCAGCAGCAGUCUCUCUCAGAAUCUCCUUUUGGAACUUAGAAGAAUCAUGGCUGAUUCAAUGUCUCAAUUUCUAGAUGACAAAGAAGCCAGGAAACUAUUUUCAGAGAUAAAUAUCCUGAUCCAGCAAUGGAAUAAGAAAUCAGAUGCCUAUUUUUCAGAAGGAUAUGUUUCAUCUCAUGAUUGGAUUUUGACAUCUUUCAAAGAGUUUUUGAAAACAGAAGAAAACUUAAGGAUUUCUGGUGAAAAGAAAAGGGAUCACCUCUUUCAUCUUGUAGAAGUCAUAGAAAAAAUUAUGUUUAAUUUCUCAUUUUCUAAAAACGAGUCUCUAAUUGAAAAUGCCUUGAAUAAUGCAAUUAUGUGGAUAAAAAAAUUUGCUGAGGGGGAGGAAUCUGCCACCAAUUUCUCACUUGCAGUUUCUGAACUUUAUAAUGAGCUACAAAAAGAUUUCCAGCCUCUUCAGAGUUUCUGGACAGAAAAGAGGACAGAACUUUUCUGGCAUACAGUGGAAAUUGUAUUCCAUGAACUUGAUUCUAGGGUUUCUUCGCUGAGUCAAGUAGAAGAGGAAGAGGUAAUUAAGACCUUAUGUAGAAUUUUAUCUUCUAUUACAGAAAAUAAAAUCUAUAAUAGAAGUAUGGCGUUGCUCAAAAAUACUCCGACUGAUUGGCCAGAGUUAAAUAUUACUGCUUUGGACCACUUAAAGCAUUUAAGUGGACACUUCCAAAUAAAUCUCUAUGAAGUUAGAUCAUUGUCUGGUGAUCAUGUCAAUGUGUCAUUUAGCACAAUUCCUGGAGUGAGUAAUACCUCUUUAUUUCUCUCAAAUGCAACUUUUAUGUAUAAGGUGCAAGAAUUAGGAGAAAUUGUGCAAGAUUUCCUCAGAAAUAUCCAAAAUUUAAAUUUUACUAGUGUGGCCUCAUUUGUACCAAACAUUUUCUCUCUCUACCAGAAUAAUGAUCUGAUUUUAAAUAUUAAGAGCAAUAACACUCUGUUAAAACUUCUUUAUGAGACUUCAAAAAGUAUGUCAUCUUCUCAAGUAUGGCAUGAUUUGCAAAAUAAGGAAAUAGUUUUUGACUUUCUUUUUGAAACUUUCAAUCUUCUCUGGAACCUCACCAGUAAGUCCCUCUGUGAAAAGUUACUAUUAAUUUACAACUACACAGUGUUUCAGGCAGAGUUCCUUGUACAGAAUGGAAAAGAAGAUAUACAAGUUGUUUAUGAUAUUCUAAGCAGCCUUAAAACUUUAUUUAUAGAUGAAGAGCUCCAAACAGCUGCCUUAUGUUAUUUGGAAGAGUUUUUUGAUCUGUCUCCAGAAUGCCUGGUAAAUAAUGUGUGUACUGAUUUUUAUCUAGAAAAUAUGAGUUCUGUACAACAUUCAGCAGAGAUUUAUAACUUAUUUCUGCUUCCAUUGAACAGUGUCCUAUCUAAUGUAAUAAACUGGGGAGAUAAGGUAAGUGUGCCUUCUGCUUUGCACUGCACUUUUACAUGGCUUCAAACAUGGACAGAGAUUUUUGAAGAAGCAUCAGAAAUCUUAAAUUUGAAUUCAACCUUUUUUGUCUGCCUAAGAGAUGAUUUGACAUAUCUCUCUAAAAACAUUUUAAACAUAACUCGAGGUGAACUGUGCAAUAAUACAGCUAUGGCUAUUGUUGAAGCUACAGGAACAGCAAUGAAGCUAUUAAAAUCUCUGUUUCAGGAACAUGGCAAUUUAAAUGACUUGAAAGAUUUUGAGGCUUUCCUUGCUAAUCUUCAAAGGGUAAUUAACAAUGCAUUUGAUGUCACAAACUUGCUUAAAGAUAGGAGUUUAGAAAGUGUUUUAGAGACAAUGGGAGUUGCAAUAACUAAAAUGCAGGAAUCCAUACUGAAGAUUGUUAAUGAAGAGUUUUUGAAUUUAUGGCUUGAUGCUUUCAUUUCAGGAGGUUCUGAAGGAGAAGAUAAGGGUGUUGGUGUAUUGUCCAUUGGAAAUUCCCUUUCUACUGUUCUUAAGCUCUCCCAAAAGGAACUUGAAAUUAUGGUCACUGAGAUAAAUGCUAUGUCUGCUUUUUUAAAAAGUGUACUUCAGGACAAAUAUGUGGUUUGUAUCAGCAUUUUCCAGAAUAUUACCAAACUAAUUGUGGAUAAUACUCUGAAAGACGUAGGCUACUUGCAAACAAAUUUUUCAUCUCAUCUUAACUUCUUUCUAAACUUUCACAGUACAAUGAAUGAAGCAGAGGAUUGUAACACAUGGAUACAUGGAUUAAGUAAUCUCAUUGAAAAAUCCAAGUCACCUUCCCACCUUGAAAGCGCAAAACAUAUUUUAAUUCUUCUGCAAUCUCUGGGAAAUGCUGAGACAGAUGCUAAGCUAAUGAAUGUGAUGGACUUUGUUAAAUUUGUUUUUAAUUUGAUACUCCCUGAAUGUUCUCUAGGUGGUUCUGAUGUGAUUUGUGUAAGUGUUUAUUUCAAUAUCAUAGCAAAAACUUUGAAAUUUAUUCUCCCUGAAUUUUAUGUGAAAGAUGUCAUUAAUGUGCUUGAACUUACUUUUAGACUUUUAAAUAAUUCUGGAGAGCGAAUACAAACUAUUGUCAGUGAUUUGUUUGGGAGCUCAUUGUAUAUGUCAAAUAAGACCCAUUUUAGUCAGUCAACCCAUGGUUUUAACAGGACUUCAAGAAUGCUCCUCAAUCCUUUUCACCACAUUCAUCUUAUAUCAGUGGAACUUUUGUUAGAAAUUCAAAGUCUUCUGAAAAAUGAAACUUUUAAAGUCCAAGAAAACAGCUCCUCUCAUUUGGACAAGGAGAUUGAACCUUUCUUGCAUGGGAAAAAUAUCAGUUUGCUGAUGGAGUUCUUUCAAUAUAUGAUUAGAAAACUUGACUCAAACUUGCAGAAUGAACACAAAACAUUUCCUCAGAAACUGAUAGAAACAGCAGGUCUGACUAUUGAACUGGUAAGGAAAGCACUUGAAAUUUUCAAGACUCCUACUUUUACUGUCUUUCCAUUAAGAGAUGAAAAGGAGUUUCUAAAGCAUAUGGUUGCCUUGGUGCAAAAUGUGAGAAAAAUGGAUGUUGAGUUUUUGAUAAGUAGAUUCAAACAGGUCCAGGACAACCUAGAAAAUUUAUUUAAAAAUAUCAAACAUUUUUCUCUUGUGAACUCUGAGUUAGGUACUUUAAUAGACUGGUGGGAUGUACUUGAGAACAUAUCAUGUUACUGGAACCUGACUGCUGUACACCAAAUAACACAGCUUUUUGAACAAGAUGAGCUCUACAAUACUGAAGACGUGUUCAACAUCCUCUUUGAUGUCACCAGCCUUACAGAAAGAUUGGCUCAUGGAAACGUUACAGAAGCACUAACUGAAAUAUAUGCUUUCAUAGUGACUCAGGAAGAAAAAAUGCCUCUGUUUACUGAUGAGGAGUUCUCAACCCAUGCAGAUAGUCUUCUAACAUUGCUGGAGACAUUGGCAGACACCUCUGAUGAAUCUGGAGAGGCCUCUGUUUGUUUUCCUGCAGCAUUCUGCUGGACUCUCACAACAGCAACGCCUCAGAAUGAUCCCACUGUUAAACCUUGUGACUUUGUGCACGCCAAUUCUACUCUUCAUUAUAAUGCAGUCAUUCAAAUCAUUAAGGAGCUUAAACUCAUCACUUUGGAUGACAGUUUUGCUUGCUUUAUGGAGGACAUUCAGAUGGAUAUCACUCGCAAUCUGACUUGCUUUUUUCAUCAGAUCAAAGAAUGGAACUCUAUAAUUUUGAAGUUUUCUGAGCUCCAUCAUACAAAUAGCUCAGUUCUUAAAGAGCUGCUAGAUUUUUGGAAUAAGCUAUCCCUUUAUGCUGUGCCACUGCAGAUGAAUAAUACGCAUGCAAUCAAUUGUUCCUCCACACCUAAGAGCCGAAUGGCUUUACAAAUCAUAGAAACCCUGGACAGCAUUUUGGCAUCAGACGUGGAGAUGGCCAAAAGUCUUCUUCAACAGCUGGAUAAUCUUUAUGGUGGCCUAACUUGGAACAGAGAGUCAAGAACAUCAUUUGAGAGUGUUCUUACUAAUGUGAAGGAUAUGACCAGUGAAGUUUCUAGACUCCUGAAUACUGAAGCUGUCCUUUCUUUUCUUUCUGUAAUUCAGCCUUUAAUGACACUGUCAUCUAUUGGAAACCAGACACACUCAAUGCUUAUGACAAUAUCAGCUUUAAGUGGGAGUAUCAAUAUAGCUAACAACUUUGAGAAUUUAUGGUUUCCUGUAGUUGCAAGCAAAGAAAAUUUAUUGGCGAAUUUUAGUGUUAGACACUUACUUGUGGUGAUAGAUCAAGAGUUUCAAUUACUAAAGUUUGCCACUGGACAGUCCUCUUCAGUGGCUUCUGAUGUUUUACUAGAGCAGUUUAAGACAUCAUCUGUAGAUGCUAUAUCAAGAAAUUUUGAAGAUAUAGAAGACAUUGUGAAGAGCAUUCUAUGUGACUGUAACAAUAAAAAUUAUUCUAAAAUAAUGCAUACUCUAAUUCUCCUUAUGACUAAUGAAAGUUCAUCAAAUGACCUACUGCUGGCUGUCAAAGAUGUUAUUGUCUUUCUGGAGCUAUUCCAAAAUAAGUCUAAGAAGGACUACACUGGUAUGUUGUUUGGUGAUAGUCAUUUUAGCAGAGCAAAAUUGAAUAAUACUCAUGCUGCUUUUUCAGUUUUGCCAAACAGCCUCCUUCAUAUAAUUGCUGAUAUUGAUCUUGUAGAAGAAGCUAUGCGUACAAACAAUACUAAGCUUCAUGAAGUUGACUUCAUUGAUUCAUUUUUUUAUAAUGUACCAUAUAGAGAUACUUCUACUCAGUCUCAAAGCAGAACUCUGGAGAUCAUACAAGAGAUUUUGCGAAUAAUAUUUUAUUCUACUGCAGAACGUGAUAGGAAUAAGAUAAAACUCUUAUUAAUGAAUUUGCAUAAGGAUGUAAUGGCAAAGCUAAGAUGUGAUCACUGUGUUCUUCAGGAUGUUAGAAGAUACUUGCCUGCUUUCAACAAGGGGGAUUGUGAGAGUAUGGCACAUAUAAACCAAAAACUUUCCAACGUUUUGGAGAGCCUUAUGGUGGGAGCCUUGCAGAAUACCAGCACUGACAACUGUCAAUGCCAGCUACUGAUGGGGAACAUUCAGAGACAACUGCAAAUUUUGAUGAUGUCGGUACUAUUUUUUCCUCUUACAGAUGUGAAAAUCAAAGAUUUUGUGCAGAAUAUCACUCAGUUAAGGCUGGACAUUGGUUCUUCUGUCAAUAUUUCUGAAGAAACUGUCAAUACCCUCUUAGAAGUCAGUGUCUCUUACUCAGAGGUUCUUUACAGUGCCUUUGCAGUAGCUUUAACUGGAAGAUGUGAUGAAGAAGUACUUAGCCUGCUGCUUAAGCUGCCUGAAAACAAUAGAACUUCCCUGGUAGUGGAAGAAUUAUGUUCUUUACCAGCACUGGACUUUUAUACCAUGUUUGUAUUGAUUUUACAAAAUUUCAAUCUACGUCACAUCAUUUACAAGGUUCAGAUACCACCUGAGAUUGGCAAUAUCUUAAAUAUGCUACUAGAUGUGGUUUCUAGUAUCAGUUCACUUCUCAAUAAGGUCCACCAUGUCAUGGAAAAGCUUCCAGUGUUCCUUCAAGGAAUUCAAAAUAUUGGUGUGCUUGACAUCUCCACAUUGCAGCAGUUUUUGCAGGGUGGGCAGUUCAGAAGUUCAGCCGUUGGAUCCCUAGAGUCUGUAAUUAAGGCAGUAUGUAAAGAAGAAUCUUCAUUUUUCAGCAAUGUAAACCUGUUCAUAGAUAUGCCCAGAAUCAUGGAACUUUUGGAGGACAAUAUGGCAAAAUAUGGCAUUCCUGAAGACUCAACUCCUUUUUGCUUGAAGUUUUAUCAGGAGAUUUUGCAGGCUCCUAAUGGGGCUUUGCUAUGGACUUUCCUGAAACCUCUAUUACAUGGGAAAAUACUGUACAAUUCAAAGAUCAGCAUGAUUGACCUGGUGAUGGAGAAGGCUAAUUUCACUUUUGUUUUUUUGGAAAAGUUGAAGUCUUAUUCUGAGACAUGGCUUAGGAUGUCUGAGGUUUUUAAAACCAGUGGAAAUAUUCUCACAGUCUCACGACUGCAGGAAGUACUGAAAAACAAUUUUGUAAAGCAUUUCAUAGAAAGUAAUUUGGACAUCAACAUGGAAAAACUCCUUAAAAAAAUGCAAGCAUAUGAAACUAUGAUGAACAAGAUGCUUAACAGCUCAGCAAGUAAACAGAUUGACCUGUUGACACAGCUUGUUGUAAAUAUCUCUUCCUGUGUGCUGCUGGACCGUUUCCAGCCUUUUGACUCUAUAGAGAAAUUGGAGGAGAAGGCUCAUGAACUCAUGCAGGAAAAUAAUCUUUUGGCUAGUAUCAUUUUCAAUACACCAGAGGACAAGAAACAAGAUUCUAGCAGUCUCCUUCCGAGACACAUUUCAUAUACAAUUAGAACCAGUGUUCUCUACAGCAUGAGAACAGAUUUGAUAAAAACCCCAGCAUGGAAAUCCCAUCCCCACAAAUUGCCAGCAGAUGGGUUUAAAUACAACUAUGUCUUCAUUCCUCUUCAAGACAUGAUUGAAGGGGCAAUUAUUUCAGCACAGACUGGGAUAAACACCUCAGAGACAGCAAUUCAGGUGCAAGCCAUGCCUUACCCUUGUCAUACCAGUGAUCUAUUCUUGAACAACAUAGGAUUUUUUUUUCCACUUAUGAUGAUGUUAACAUGGGUGGUUUCAGUUGCUGCUAUGGUUCGCAAGCUGGUUUAUGAAAGAGAAAUUAAUCUUGAAGAGUAUAUGAAGACAAUGGGUGUGUAUCCAGUCAUUCAUUUCUUUGCUUGGUUUUUGGAGAAUGUCAUUGUGCUCACAGUAAGCAGCUGUGCUCUGGCCCUCAUUUUAAAAGCAAGUGGUAUCUUUGUCUAUAGCAAUGGCUUCCUUAUCUUCCUUUUUCUCCUGGAAUUUGGAGUUGCAAUUAUCAUGUUAAGCUAUUUUUUGGGAGCAUUUUUCAGCAGUGCCAAUACAGCAGCUCUGUGUUCCAGCCUUGUCUAUAUGACCAGCUUUUUACCCUACAUAGUUUUGUUGGUCUUGCAGAACCAGCUGAGUUUCACCAACCAGAUUACAAUGUGUCUUCUUUCUACAACCGCCUUUGGGCAAGGAAUAUUUUUCAUUACGUAUUUUGAGGGCCAAGAAAUAGGAAUUCAGUGGGAUAAUGUGCACCAGUCAAUGGCACAAGGAGGAUACAUGACUUUUGGAUGGAUGUGCUGGAUGAUGUUCUUUGACUCCAUUUUAUAUUUUGUAGGUGGCUGGUAUUUCAGCAAUAUUAUUCCUGGAAAAUUUGGAUUAAAGAACCAGUGGUACUUUCCCUUUACUGUUUCCUACUGGAAGAACCUGUGUGGUACAGAGAGAAGCAAGAGACAUUAUCUGAAUUCUAAUAUGUUUUUCUUCAAUGAAAACUUUCAAGAAAAAGGUUUAAAACCUCAGAGUUGGAAAGUCCCUUGCACUGAAGGAGGUACCAUUGGUGUUGUGCUGCUGUCUCUUACCAAAGAGCACGUGGAUGGUCAGAAGGCUGCUGUUAAAGAUCUCAACCUCACUUUCCAUAAGGGCCAGAUAACAGCACUCUUGGGACCUAAUGGAGCUGGAAAGUCAACAGUUAUAUCCUUGUUGACUGGUCUGUAUCCACCAAGCUCUGGUACCAUUAUUGUUGAUGGGAAGGAUAUACGGACUGAGCUGGCUGCCAUCAGGACAGAGCUGGGUGUUUGCCUCCAGUAUGAUGUCCUAUUCAACACACUGACUGUGCGAGAACAUCUCCUGCUUUACGGGUCAGUGAAGGCACCUAGGUGGACAAAAGAACAGUUGAAUGAGCAAGUCAGUGGAGCUCUGGAAGAUGUGGGUUUAUCCCAACAUCAGUACGAACCUGUUGGAGCCCUUUCUGGGGGAAUGAAAAGGAGGCUGUCAGUUGCCAUUUCCUUUAUUGGAAACUCAAAGACAGUUGUCCUGGAUGAGCCCACCACCGGAGUAGACCCAUGUUCUCGCCGUAGUAUCUGGGAUGUUCUUCUGAAGUACAAAGCCGGUUGCACACUCAUCUUUACCACUCACCAUCUUGAUGAGGCCGAGGUGCUCAGUGAUCACAUAGCCAUUCUGCAACAUGGUCAUCUGAGGUGCUGUGGCUCUCCCUCUUGUCUGAGGGACACAUAUGGCCAGGGACACAGUCUAACAUUCAUAAAAAAGCCCUCUGUGUUUGAAAUCAAAGACGCUAAGCACACUGCUCAGGUCACAUCUCUGAUACAGAACUAUAUUCCAGAAGCCUUCUUGAAAGAGAACAGUGGGACUGAGCUGACCUAUGUGAUCCCAGAAAGGGCAGAUAAGACUGCUUUUAAAGGUCUUUUUCAAGCUUUAGAUCAAAGCCUUCAGCCUCUACAUGUGACUGGCUAUGGUAUUUCUGACACAACCUUGGAAGAGGUACUUGUAAUUUUCCUGUCUAAUGCCAUUUUCUUGGUUUUUCUGAAGCUGCUUCAGGACUCUGAGAAGAUGGCCUGUGUUCCACAGGCAGCACACCUGGACCAUACAAAUGCUGCUGAAUCAGUCUAUAUUUCACUUGCGGGAGCCUCGAGUGUGUGUGGAGCCCACCUUGUUCUCACACAGAUUGUUGCCCUUCUGAUGAAGAGGUUUCACCAUACAAGGCGAGACUGGAGAGGAAGCCUAUCAAAUGUGCUGCUGCCUGUCCUCUUUGUUGCACUGGCAAUGGCCUUGUUUAGUGUGAAGCCGCUUGCUAUUGAUUAUCCCUCUCUCAAGCUGACACCAAGACUUUACAACAAUGCAGAAUCCUUCUUUAGCACUGAAGAUGAUAACCUAGGAAAACUUUCUCAGGUUCUACUGGGACAUUUCUCUGAUUGGGACCACACAUGCACACAUUCACAACAUGGAAAGAAUAAUUCAUGCUGGCAGAUGGAAUCACCUCAAGAUUCAUGCAGAUGUGUGUCUGAACAGGAGAUAUGCCCAAGUUUUAAUACCUCUGCUCCCUAUGUAAAGAAUAAGAAAGGACAUAUUUUGUAUAAUCUUUCAGGGUUCCCUGUGGAAGAGUAUUUAGUGAGGUCUUCCAGCAAAACAAGAUAUGGUGGUUGGUCUUUUGGACGGAUGAAAGCAUUUGAACUUCUAGAUAAAAAAUUGAAUAACACCAAAUCUCAGCCUCUGGCUAAGGUGUGGUAUAACCAAAAAGGUUUCCAUUCACUGCCAUCCUACCUAAAUGAACUCAAUAACUUAAUUCUGUGGCUGAAUUUACCUUCUAAUGUGGAUUGGAGACAGUAUGGGAUAACACUCUAUAGCCAACCAUAUGGAGGAGCCUUGUUGGAUGAGGAUAAAAUAAUGGAGAAUGUUCGUCAAUGUGGGGUAGCACUGUGUAUCAUGCUGGGUUUCUCUAUCCUUACUGCAUCCAUUGGAACUGCCAUAGUCAAAGACAGACUAUCUGGGAUGAAGCGCUUGCAACUCAUCACAGGCCUUGGUUACCAAACUUACUGGCUUGCUAACUUCUGCUAUGAUAUGGUAUUUUACAUGGUUCCAGUGACCCUGUGUAUUGGUAUUAUUAGUGCUUUCCAGCUAUCAGCCUUCACUUUCCAAAAGAACUUGGCAGCCACUGUUCUCCUGCUGAUACUCUAUGGAUAUGCAACUUUACCUUGGAUGUAUCUUGCAUCCAGAUUCUUCUCAAGUUCAGAUGUAGCUUUUAUUUCUUACAUCUCCUUAAAUUUUGUGUUUGGCCUGUGUACCAUGCUGGUGACUCUCUUACCUCGCUUGUUAGCUAUAAUUUCCAAAGUGCAGAGUUUUCAAAGCAUCUACAAUAUCCUCAAAUGGGCAUUCAUCAUAUUCCCACAAUUCUGCCUAGGCCAGGGUUUAAUAGAACUUUCAUACAAUCAGAUCAAAUUUGACCUGACCAGGAACUUUGGAAUAGAUUCCUACGUGAGCCCCUUUGAGAUGGAUUUCCUGGGUUGGAUUUUUGUGGAAAUGUCCCUUCAGGGAACACUACUACUUCUUUUACGCCUUUUCCUUCAUUGGGAUCUCCUCUGGAAAACAAGAGGUCAUUGCUCAGUUAACAGCAUGGAUGGAAUGGAGAGCCCUUCAGAAGAUGCUGAUGUAGAAACGGAACGACAGAGACUCUUCAGUGGAAGAACUGGUAAUGAUGUCCUACUUCUGUACAACCUCAGGAAGUGUUAUGGAGGUUUCAGUAAGAAGAACACAGCUGUGGAAAACAUAAGCUUGGGCAUUUCAAGGGGAGAGUGUUUUGGACUCCUGGGAACAAAUGGAGCUGGGAAAAGCACAACAUUUAAGAUGCUAACUGGAGAUAUAAUCCCAUCUGCAGGACGGGCUGUAAUCAGGACUCCUACUGGGUCUGAAAUUGAUAUACUCUCAGCUAGCUCUGAAAGUAUUAUUGGAUAUUGUCCACAGCAAGAUGCUCUGGAUGAACUUUUAACAGGUUGGGAGCAUCUUUAUUAUUACUGUGCACUGCGUGGAAUUCCAAAGCAGGAUAUCCAUAAGGUUGCAGAGGACCUUGUUAACCGGUUACACCUCAAUGCCCAUGCUGACAAACUAGUGAGAACUUACAGUGCUGGCACAAAAAGGAAGCUCUCUACUGCUGUGGCUUUAGUUGGUAAACCCCAAAUACUUUUACUGGAUGAGCCCAGCUCUGGGAUGGAUCCCUGUUCUAAACGCUACCUUUGGAAAGCUAUCCUGAAGGAAGUUCAGGAUGGUUGUGCAGUUGUGCUGACAUCCCACAGUAUGGAAGAAUGUGAAGCUCUCUGCACAAGGCUUGCUAUUAUGGUCAAUGGAGCUUUCAAGUGUCUUGGCUCUCCCCAGCACAUUAAAAACAGGUUUGGAGAUGGUUAUUCUGUCAAGGUUUGGCUUAGCAAAGAAAUAAGUUAUGGAAGAAUGAUUUUAGACUGUCUACAACUGCAUUUCCCUGGAACACAGUUUAAGGGACAACAUCUUAACCUGCUCGAAUACCAUGUACCAAGAAGUCAGGGAUGUUUAGCAGAGCUAUUCAGAGUCCUAGAGAAUCACAAAGCUUUUCUCCAAACCAAACACUACUCCAUUAGCCAAUCCACGUUAGAGCAGGUAUUUAUUAACUUUGCGACACAGCAACAAGGAGCCUGGCGUUCUUCACAAGGAUCUUCUGUUGUCCAUCAUGAUCGUUUCCCAGUCUAGGCUCAGAACAGGAUACAACUUCAACAUAACAUAUAUGUGUGUGUGUGUUUGCAUAUAUGUACACACAAGCUACAUGCAAUAACUUUUCAACUGUGAACAAUUUCUAUACAAGAAACAAAUAGUAGAAACAGAGUUGAGUUUUCAUCUGUAGGCCAGAAGGAAGGGCACUAGUUCUUGGUUAAGCAAAAAAUUGAUUAUAUGCAGACCAAAAAUCUGCCAAAAAGUAACUUUUUCUUAAUUUAACUGGAAUUUUAUAAUACAAAUGGCCUAAUUAAUGGAGAGAAAAAAAAAGGCUGAUCUGCCUGUGCAUAGUAGAUUUUUUUUUGUGGUAUCUCUGCAUUCAUUUGACUAUAAUACUUCCUUGCAUGCACACUUAAUAUCUAAUUUUUACCUGAUAAGGCAAGAAAAAGAAAAAACAACUGAAUGGUAGCAAUCACUCAGUAUUUUUAUUUUUAUUUAAUCACACAAGUUGAGAACCUUUUGAUUUCCCUGUUAAUUUAGUUCUGUGUUAUGACAAGCUAAAUUAACCUUUUCAUUGUAUAAAGGAUGCACUGUAUUCCAUAAGGCUUUAUGUUAAAGAGGUUAUUAGUGUACUAGCCUAGUCUGCCUCCCAGUUAUCUUAAGUGAAUUUAACAAGUUUUCAUAAAUCAUACUUGACAAUGAGCUUUCCCCUAAGCCUGUGGGUUGCUGCUGGAAGUAUUCUCGAGUACCUUUUUAAUGACCUAGUUUGUUUUUCUCAUCUUUUUGUUUCCUUUUUCUUCAAAGAGAAUUUCAAAAUGCUGUUUAACAGGAAUGUUAAAGGAAAAUAAAAUAAACAUUCGGACCAUGAUCAAUAAACUUCUAAGUAAAUAUAUUAUGAUGCUAGAUACUUCAGACAAGGCCACAGUCUUCAGCCUAUACUUGUGCAAAAUAAGUGAUAUUUAAUGAAUAAAAGCUCUUUGUAUAUUGUGCUUGGAGAAAACAAGUAGGAAUUUUUUUGUGUCGUAAGUGGCUGCCUCAUCUUAAACAAGUCUUUGAUGCUCCUGUGAAAUUAGCUCAUGCCACUUUUAUUGACUACAGUGUCAAAUAGCUGAAAUUGUAGAACCAGUGACUUAGAAGUUAAUUGCUUCAAUAUGAUUUUGGGUGGGCAGUGGCCAGAGAAGUUCACUUUGAGAUGGGAGAAUGUGAUUUUAAAUGGCCCGUAUUGCAAAGCUGCUGCUAUAAUUCCCUACUGUACAAUGAUAUUAAAAAAAAAAAAAAUAAAAAAAAUUGUGUUUUAGGCUUUGCAAACUGACUCAGGAGACUGUUUAUUAAGGCUUGAUUUGUUCAUGUUGCUUUGGCCCAUUAUGUUUUUUUAAAAUCAGGAAUUCAUGUUGCCUAUUUCUAAAAAGAUUAAAUUAAGUCUUUGAAAAAUAAAUAAAACCCUAAAGAUAUAUAGGCUUUUGUCUGCAUGUACAUAUGGGUCAAAAUGAGUGAGCUUAUGAAAGUGCUUUAUUAUUAGAAUGUAUUGGUAUAACAUCAGAACUCUACCAAGCUACUCAGGACCCAAAGAACCUAGGAACCAUUAAACCCCAACAGCAACCACCCUAGUAGAAAUGCCAUAGCACAAUGGGAUGCGUACAUUUGAUGUGAAUACAGUUAUCUUUGAUUUCUUCAUGAGGCUGGGAGUGGAAGGUUUCUAAGGUCCCAAAUUAAAGCAAAAACCAGUCAAUUUUACAAAGCAGAGUAUGAGAGAAGGAGUGAACAUGAAAGAAAAGACAAGGCAGGUGCAGGAAAUCUGGGCAGAAACAGAAAUAUGCUGACACUGAAAUAGCCUCAUUUCAGCACCUCAGGAUGGAAGAAACUAAGCAUUCAAGGAAUAACCAAGGAUCUCUGAGUCAUAGUCUGAAACCACUCAACAGAAGAACACUCCUGUAGCUAUUAACUAAAAAAGUACAAGGGAAGGUAUAGCAGUCAUGUGCACAGGGCUUUUGGUUUUUUCUUUUAUUUUUAUUGGUAUGUCUAGACCUGUAGAUUACUGAUGUUAUGACUGAUUGAUAUUAUCUGGUUUUUGUUUUGUUUUUAUAAACUAAUAUCUGUCUCAACCACCUCAAGUCCUUUAAAAAUGAUGAAAUGUACUCAAGGAAAUUUAGGGAUUUGGGAGUCUGUUCCAGUCCUUGCAGUGUAAGGCAGUUGAGCUAAAAGAUGUGAUUUGUAUGAAAUUGUGGAAGGAGUGGUUAUUCCUUCUGAGGAAGGGUGUCAGGGACUUGUAUUAAUAAAAUAAUCCUGCAGUUUGCUCUGACCAAGGGAAGCAUAAAAGCAAGCAAGACUCACUGUGGUGAGACUGAAAAAUGAUAGCCUAGCUGAAUGCACAGAUAGGGGAGCUUCUUCAAGUCUUGGCUAUGUAACACUAAUUAAAUGUCACUUUUUUCUGAUUAAAAU